AUGGCGACUCCUUCAAGCCCAUUCGGGCCUCUGCAGUUGUCCUGCACCGACACCGCGUGGCUCCAAGAGCUCGUGCGGCUGCUAGUGCACGAACACAUUCUGAGCUACGAGAAGUUCGUGCACCAGGACCAGCGCCUAUUGAACCCGACACAAUGGAAGCGGCACUCGCAGCGCGACAAUCUGCAGGUCUAUUGCCAGCAGCAACUCCAGCAGCAGAGGGAGAACAGCAGCGUAGGCGAGCGCGUAUCCCGACGGAGACUCUUCCGAGACACAGAGGCGCGCUCGGCCCUGGCCGAGAUGCCGACUCUGCUGCUGGUCGGCACGAUCCAAGGCUCCCUGAACGAUGUCAUGUACGGCGUCUUGAACCCAACCGCAGACUCCAUGCGGCUCAAGUCUUCCUACGUGGGGGACAAAUUCGCCAGCUGCGCAGUACUAGCGACGAUGGAGAGACCCACACCAAGCGACCCGUUCCGCUCGCACACGUUGAAGUGGUUCGAGGGCGACCACCCGUACAUCUUCCGGCCUAUCGUCAAGAACCGAGACUUUGUCUUCAUGGAGGCUACAGGGGUCACUACGCUGGCCGGAGGCGAGCGCGUGGGCUACCACGUCAUGCACUCGGUGACGUUCCCAGGCGCCAGGGAGAUGAACGGCAACGUCCGCGCGCACAUGGCCGUCUGCGCCUUCUACCGACAACAAAGUGACGGGGUCGUCGAGGUCUUCACCAAGACGACAGCCAACCCCGGUGGCCACGUCGCGCCGGCCAUCGCUGUCAAGUACGGCGCGAAUGCGCUGCUGUCGGCGCAGAGCCUGGUGGACUGCGCGCACGCCAAGAAGCUCGCGUGGGUCGUAUCAACCCGCGCGCGCGCGGCCUCCACGACCAGCACAUGCAGCAGCAGCAGUUCAAGCUCUUGUCGAGACUUUCGCGCAGACAGCGGCGGCAUCUGCUUUACCUGCGGCGAGCGCAGCAUCUCGUCGCCGCUGCUCAGCAGAAGCGGCGCCUGCACACUUUGUACGCGUCCGAUCUGUCCGACCUGCAGGGUCAAGAAAUCGCUGCGCUUCGUUGCGUGGACGGGAGGCGUGGCCAAGCACAAGAUGAAGUUCUGCGGCCCGUGCGUGCGCGAGGCCCGGAGGCUGGACGCCCGAGCGCUCGCCUGCGACGAAUUCGGAGCGGACCGUCCGCAGUCGCAUCCCAGGAACCGAUUGACGGCUCAUCUGGAAGGACUCACGGCAUCCGACCCCAACGUCGUGGUGCUACGUCCGAGCGCGCUCAGCUCUUGA